AUGCAAAUUGCAGUUGGAAUUGCAGAGCGUUGCUGUGUCUCCUUCUGGGCAGUGUGUUGUACUUUGUUUGAAAUUUUUCGUCAUGAUUUAGGUUGUGUUCGUCUGGACUUUGGGCAGCCGUUUUCCCUUAAGGAGUAUGCAAAGAAUAAGAAGUUCUGCUUGCAGCAUGGAGGAAGACCUGUAGAGGAGUUGCUGUUGCCAGCUGUAUUAGGCAAAAGAUCGGAAAUAGUUGACUGUGAGAAGACCCCCUGGUGGAUUCAGAAUUGUGUCUCAAAUCUAGAUGCACCAGAUGAAGACCGUUGCUUAGUAGGCAGUCUCAGUCAACAUAUCCUUACCACUGCUGUCUCCUGCUGUGCAAUUAUGCCAACUGCCUUGCUGUCUUGCCUUCUGCUUUAUAGGCAUAAACAGGGAGUCUUCCUUCCCAGGCUGAUGAAGGAUUUCUCUUGGUUGCUGGAGGAGGUGCUUUUCCGGAAUUUUGAUGUUGGGUUCUCUGGAAGACUGCAAGAUAUUGUUCUGCACACCCUGUCCCUCCUAAGAGACUGUGUUAUGCUAUGCUGUGCUUCACCCAAUGACCUAUUUGUUUUCCCAAAGAACAGCAGAGAAGCAAUGAUCGACUUGGCCUUGUACAGCCGGCCUGUCUUGUCUGUAUUUAUAUGUGAAGCAGUGGGAGCAUGUGCUGUCAAUUCAGUGCUUAUGGAGAUGAAGGAUUGUGCUAUGAACCCAGAGUUUGAUUUUGAUGUUGUCAUCAGUGAAGAGGAGCUCAACAGGAAAAUCUUUCAACUCUUCCACUUGCUGCCUUAUGACAUCCUUCUUCUUACGCCUUGUCAUAUAUCCUACUGUUUCUGUUGGGAUGCUGUGGAUAAGCUUGUUCAAGUGGGAAUUCUUACCAUGGAGGAGUUUGAUCAUGCACGUCAUGCAUGUGACACUAAAAGAACACGGAUUUCAGAAGAACUGCUGUGGAAACCGACAGACGACUUUAUGGACAGUGACAGUGACUAUGAUGAUGAUCUCCAUAAGCGGUUGUUCAAGCUGAGUAGUUCCAGCAGCAGCCCUGAUUACUACUACUUUCUCUGCAGCCUGCUACGGCCAGUUCUGAAAGCUUAUGCAGAAGCAGCAACCUUCCUUUUGGAUUUUAAUGGACCAGUUAAAGAGUUGGCUUAUAUCGAGGAUCUAUACCAGUAUUUACUGCGAAAAACCAGUGAGACUGCUUUUUAUGAGUGUGCAACACGAACUCUUGCCACCAGUGCAGUGCAGACCUUCAAGGAGCUGGGUGUUUUCCAAGAAUGCGCAUCUUCUGUGUUCCAGCUCAGCAGCACAUUUGAUUCUAUAGAAAACCGGCGUAAGUUACACCACUUCAUUCAGCAGUUUAUCAUCUGAUAUGGAAGCUAGCCGAUACGAAGUUACUAAGACCCUACCGUUAUCCAUCAAAGAUGUUGGAUUCAGUAUGCACAAGAACCACACUAGGGUUUCUUGAUUUGUAGAAUAUCGAUAGACCUCAUGGCCUGAAUCUAAGAUGUAUAACUAGAUCUGCCUUAGAAUGCUAAAUAGAACUAAAGAAGACCUCGGAUAGACACCUUAGAUUCAUCUUUGGAAAAAUGUGUAUAGAGGUUGUUUACAGAAAUUUGUGCUGCAUCAGACGACCAGCAUGAUCCAUUUAAGGAGCUCUAACAAUUACUUUUGGAGUAGCCCCCUCAGACUUUGGGCACUGUAGCUACAUAACUGGUAUGUCAGCAGAGCUACAUUUUUGUUUUGAAUUUUAAAUUUUGUGAUGUUUCUUUAAUUUGUUGGGGACAAGAUGACAAUAAACAAAAUAUGCACUAUGUUAAGUGGAGAGGAAUGGCAAUUGGAGACGCACUGACUUGGACUAGUAGUUUUCUUGUUAUUGGCUGUGACUAGAGACCAUUGUCUCUCUAAUACUAGGAGUGUGUUAUUCUUAUGCAUUUACAUGACAAGCCACCAUGGGGAUGGUAAAGCUAUGGGGUAAUGGUCAUUGCAUUGUAUAAAUAAUUAGUCUGCUGUGCCUCUUUCCAUUUUUUGCAGUUUGAAUUAUACUAGCUGUUUUAGAAAUGUCAUUAUGUACAAGUAUGUCUGAAGUAUUUAGGAGUUUGAAAAUAUUUUGUUACUAUUAGGCAAUCAGAUAUUAUAAGAGAAAGCCCAAGGUUUAUACUUAUCAUUGCAGUAGUUUGAUAUUAUUCAGAAGUCUCUGUUUCAAUUUUAUUUUAUGAAAAUGUUCCUCUCCCUGUAGAUGUUUUUACUCCCACCUCCACUGCUGUAUGCUAUAGUUGUCAUAUGUAUCUGUUUAUUUGCAGUAACUAGUUUUCUUCAUGUGACUAGUGUCUAAUAUAUUGGAACAUUUGGAUCCUUAAUGCUGUAAAGCUGUCACUCUAAAAUGAUACUGUAUCUUUUCCUUAUGUGCUGUAAUGUGGCUUUCUUUGUGUUUUCAUGUAGAGUGAAUUCAAGGUACAUAUGACUUCAGUAUUGUUUUCCAAGUUCAUAUUUUGGUAUAUAGAAUAGUUGGUCAUUUCUAUCUAAACAUGGAAUGAAGCAUAAUUUGAUAGAGUUUAUAAGUGGCACAUUUUGAUUGGUUAUUGCAGUACAUUUUUGGCACUUAUUCCAAAUAUUGCUAAUUUAAGAUCAUUGCUGUUAAGAGUAUAUUUACAGCACACUAGUAAAAACUGCCUUCUAUACCAGUGCUGUGGAAAAAGCUAAUCUUAAAUAAUGUGCCACUUUUGCCAGAGGUUUAGAAACAGCUGUUGAAAAUUAUUUGGAGUACUUUUGUAAUUUUGAUUGACUUGCUUUUCUGUUGUAUUUAUUUGUCAUGUGUCUUUUUAUAUUUAAAUGUUUAUCUUUAUGUGAAUUCAUACAUGCAGUUCAGUUCAGAAAGUAGAAGGCAGUAAAUUUGGAAUGUGUACUUCCAUUUCCACAAAUUUCAUCUCUUGAAUAGGAGUUUUUGCUUUCUUAAAAUGUCUUGAUAGUGUAAUGUUGCCUGCUGCAUUUCCUGUUCUAUUAAAUUAUGCUAAAGGAA